CCAGAAUUACCACUUAAUGUUGCGUUUGAGCCGAUAAUCAAAAGGUGUUUUGCAUUUGCACCCCCUAGUGUUAGAGAAUGUGAUAAUUGUAAUUGGCAGUAAAAGACGUGCUCAAGACGAUCUCUGACCUUAAUGUCUGUCUUACUGUUGUGUAAGUACAAAACAUAACAGAACUGGUGACGAGAUUUGAAAAGACCCGUCAUGAAGCAAACUACAGAGACAGGAGUCAUCUGUGUCCUGCCUACGUCAAAAGAGCUGGUAAAGAUGGAGGAGGCACACGGAGGCCUAACGACCUGUGAGAUGGAGAAUGCAAAAGUGCUCGAGCUCACGGUGAAGCGGGUGGAAAACAUCCUUCGGGAUCAGUUACAUGAGACGGACAGCAUGAGUCGCGAGGCCAGUGAGCGGUUCGCAGCGGGCUACAUCCAGUGCAUGCACGAGGUCCACACCUUCGUGUCCACAUGCUCCGGUAUCGACGCCAUCGUAGCGGCGGAACUACUCAACCACCUGCUGGAGUGCAUGCCGUUAAAUGAGGACCUGCAGGACUCAAUUCUUGAUCUAGAAUCCGAGCUUCUGUCUCCUACGCGUGCGAGACCGCACGUCAGUUCACCGGGAGCGCGCACACCGGCUCUGUCCCCGAACUCUACCACCAGCGGCGCUGAAGAGGAUCCAAGCUCCGACCUGGAGGAGAGCUUCAGUGAGUCAGCUCCGGGGACUGCGGCAGAGCACGUGGAGGAGCAGGAGGAGGAGCACCGGAGCAACGCCUCCGCCCCCCAUUGUACAUCCAUGUGGAGACCGUGGUAGAGUCGCUGCAGGACAUCACUCUGUUAUCCGCACUUCUGUUGUGACCUUCAGGUUUAUAAAUUGUAUAAAGUUUCACAGAACAAAAUCACUACUGACUUAAAUUUAUUUAUUUAUUUAUUUUUAGCUUUCUCUUUUUGGUAUAAUUUAAAUCUCAGUAUAUUUUAAAUGCAGAAAAAAAUUUAGCUUUUUCAACCCAAAGCACCAAUAAACAUAUUAAUGAUUUAUUUAUAGAUGAGUUUUAUAGCUGGUAGUAAAUAUCAUUAUAUACUUUAAUACUGAUUAUCUGUUUAUGUCCUGCAUGUAAAACGUUAUUUAUGAAAUUAAGGUGAUAUUUUAAGCAGGUCUGUAGCAAUAUUGUAAUUGUUUUAUUUGCAUUAUUUUUGUUUAGUUCCUAUCCUAGUUAUAAUAGACUUUUGCAAAUGUUAAUAAUAAAGAAACAAAUACAAUCUAACAGCCUGAAUAUGUAAUACACUGCACCUACUAUUCCAUAUUCAGUUUCAUAACACACCAAAUA